AUGUAUAAUAAUUUUGGGGAUGAAUAAUACAAACUUAAUAAAUGGUGUCAAUUUAUUGAUCAAAAAAUUGCUCAGUUUUUCAGCAAACAUUUACUAAAGCAUAACUCAAUUAAAGAAUAUUUUUAUGACUUUAUUAAUGCUUUAUCAAUAAUAAUUAUUAGAUUCACUUUAAAAACUAACGAAAAUAAAUUGCCUGCAUUUUGUCUUAUAUUAGUGAUUAUGCAUUUGCUAUUAACUAUUAAAUAGAAACUCCGUAAAGUUUAAAAUUUAUUAAAUCAUCUUAUUGAUGUAUUUGUUUUAAUUUCUAUAUUAAACUUUAAUAGAGAAAAUGACAAUGAAUUUAUAUUAAGACUUGCUUUACAAAUUGGAAUUCAAACUUCUAAAUCUAUGAUAUUUUAAUAUGAUUAAUUUAACAUGUUUUUUUAGAAUAUCAUAAAAAUUUCAUCAAUAACAAUCAUUAAAUGGUAUUUAAUCAAAGAUUAUAAGUAUAUUUUAAAUUUAUUUUAGUACUUUUAAAAUAAUUGUAUUAAUAGCUUUGUUGAUAUUUUAUUAAAUAAUUUAACUUCUUAUAGUUACAGCCUACUCUUAUGCUUAUAAAAAUAUUUGGAUUAAUAAUGAAAGAAUGAAAAAGAAUAAUCAAAUGAUUGAAAAACUUCUUUAUGAAUUACCAGUUGGUAUUAUAUUAUUUAAUUCGAAUGGAGAAGCACAAUUCUAGAAUUCGAUUUCAUAUAAAUAUUUACCAAAAUCAGUUGAUUUAGUAAGAAAAAAAUAUUAAUUGGAUGCAGUAUAGACGUAUAAGGAUUUAAUUUUGAUGGAAGGGGACAAAGUGAAAUUUCAGAAGGUUUUUGUGGAAACUUUGGAAUCUACAGAUCCUAUAAUAGUAUCUUUUGCAUUUUAAGGACAUCCUUUACCCAUUAGUUGUCAUUUAAGAAAGUAGGUUUUUAAUAAGAAUUCAGUUGUAGAAGCAAUAUUUAUUGAGAAAUCUGAUGAUUAAUCCCUGAUUUAUGAAAGAAUUUCAUAGAGUUUAUAAAUCAUGAAGAUUCAAUAGAUUUCUGAUAUUUUAUCUAAAUAACCUGAAGGAAUUAAGUAGCAAUUAUUGUAGGCUUUAUUCCCUAUGUUGAGUAAAACAGAUUAUUAAAAGUCUGAUUAAAUUGUAUGCAAUUUGAAGAAUUACUUUAAAUUUUUUGCUGAUUGUUUAUAGAUCAUUUAUAAAACUAAUCCUAAUGUUAGAAUAGAGAAUGAUGUUCCAGACCAAGCCUUUAUAGAUAUAGUAAAGAUGCACGGUAUUUUAACAUAACUGAUAUCUUACAUCUAUUAGGAACAUCAUAGAAAGUAAGUAAUGCAAGGAAUUUCAUCCUAAAGGUAAUUAAUUUAAUAGAGUGAAAGGUAAAUUGAAAGAGAUAUGAACAAUUUUUCAUUAAUUUCUUUUACUAUUUCUAAAGGGGAUGAAUUGUAAAUAACAAUUUAAAUAGAUUAUCAUAAUUAAAUUUAAGAAUUAGAAAUGCUAUUUUAGAGAUUUGACUUUGAAGGAUUAAAAAGUUAUGAUUUUAGAUUGUAAUAAUUAUAAGAUGAAGAUUUAUCAUAUACAUCAUUUGUUCAUAUUUUACAUUAGAUUUAUUCAAUGGAAGGUCAAAUAGAAUUAUGUGAAAGAAUAGAUAAUAUUAAGAUUUAAAUGAAUAUUCCAAUGAGAGUAACAAAUGAAUAUCAUUCAGUUCUUUUAGAUCAUUAUAUUAGCAUGGGUAAGUUGGAUACUCAAUCUAAAAUAUAUUCAAUAAAUAGUGAAUUAUUCUAAGCUUUUAGAAUAAAGUCUACAAAAAAGAUAACAUCCACAUAAAGGAUAGCUCCAUAACCAGUUCCUCUUAGAGUUAAUGAUGAAGCUGUAAAGGUUUAAACAUCAUUAAGUGAGUAAAAGCCAUUUUAAAUUUGUAAAUGUUUUGAAUUUACUUAUCGUCCUAAUGUAAUAAGUGAAGAGGAAAAAUUAGAAUCUAAUAAAAUAAUAAGUCCUAAUUUAUCACCUAUUAACAAACCAUCUACUUUAAAAUAAACAGAUGUAGCUACAUUUGAUAUUGAAGAUAGAAUAAAUACAUAAAUGCAUUCAGUAGAAAAGGCAGUUUCUAAGGUAUUAGAGUAAGUUUUAUCUGAAAUUAUGACAUUUAAAGGAAAAAGAAUCAAUGUUCAUUUUAGAAAUUCAAAAUAAAAACAAAAAUCUUUUGAAACCUCUCCAAGCAGUAAUCACUUAAUAUUAUUUAUUAGAUUCAUCAGCUUAAUAACAAUAAAACUAAAGAAAUACAAGUGUACCAAAUUUAUAGUAGUUUAGAACUACCAUUCCUGAACAAAGAGAAACAAAUGUAAAUCAAUAAUAAUUGUAGUAAUUAUAACAAUUUCCCAAUCAAUCUUUAUUUAAGUAAAAUGCUACACAACAAGUACCCAUAUCAUAAUCAUAAAAUUUUGGAAAUGGACCCUCAUCCUCUCAUUAAUAAUAAUAAAUGAAUUCAGUCAUAUAACCUAGAAAAAACUAAGGAACUUAAUUACUCAAAUCUCUUAGAGAGAAUGAUUCCAAAGUAUAACAUCUAGAGUAAAGUGAUCAAUUUAAUCAAUUUAAACCAGAUGAAAAUAAUGAUGAUCUCAAAAAUUCUGUUAAAUUUAUUCCAUCUGCAUAAGAAGAUCCCUAAAUAUAAAAGUCAUAGCAUUCAUAAACAUCUCUUGGAGUGAUUGUUCAACCAGUACAAUCUCAAGGAUCUGAGAAAUCACCUUGUUUUAAAGUUUAAAAAUAAGUAACUAUCAAUGAAAUCGAUAGUCAAGCUGAGGAAAUCAAAUAAUAAGAAACUGUAGAUCUAAAACAAUUUUAUUAAGAGAAGCUAACUUAUUUAGUAGUAGAUGAUUCAACAGAUUUUUUAGAUUUCAAAAUUAAAUAAACUCAUUAAUUUGAUCAAAGUAUAAGAUGCACAGAUGCAACCAAAAAGAUUAAAUCAAUGUUUGAACGAAAUAAAAUAUAUCAUUUUAUUAUCGUAAGGAUUAAUCUUCCUUUAAAGAAUGGAAUCUAAGUAUUCUAUACUUAUAUUUUAGUUUAUUAAAGAAAUAAGAUAGCUUGAAAAUUAACACAAUUUACCCAAAUAAUAUUUUGUUGGUAUUGAAACCAAUAUAUCUUAAACUCUAAGAUAAUCAUGUUUAGAAGCUGGAUUUGAUGAAGUUUAAGAAAAACCUUUAAAGUCAUAAUAUUUAGAGUAAUUGAUUGAAAAUCGUAUGAAUCCUUCUCCUGUGGUUAUAUGGAAGCCUAUAUUGAAAAGCUCAAACAUGGAUUAAUAAGAGAAAAUUAAUUAAAUUCACAAAGAUCUAGAUUAAUUAUCCAUACCUUAAAAAAUUUCUUCAUUCAAAGAUAUACCUGUUCCUUAAAAAUAACCAUAAAAUAGAAAAGCCUUCUAUCAUCCCAUUGUUACUAUUUAUAUAUUAGAUGAUUCUAGUGUAUAAAUUAGUGCUUUAUCAUCCAUGAGAUUUAGUUUCAAUGUUAAAGUUGAAUAUGAUAGAACAGUAGAUGCUGGAAUUAAACGUUUUAAUAAAUUAUUUGAAGAAAAAAAAAUCUAUCAUGUAGUUUUAGUUAAAUAGAAUUUUACACAAAAAAAAGGAUUAGAGGUUUAUAUUUGAAUUAUUUUAGAUAUUAUAAUAAAUAAGGGAAAUGGAGGAAAAAUAUUAAGUUCCAAAAUAAGUGAUAGUAGCCAUAGAUAGUGACUUCACUGAAGAAUAAAAACAAGAACUAAUAAAAUAAGGAUUUGAUAAUGCUUUAUCAAAACUUAUUGAUAAAAGAUUGUUAGAGGAAAUUCUAAAAUAAAGGUUAGAAGAUAAUUGA